AUGUCCCCCCCCGUGCGGUGCCCUUCGCCACCGCAGCCGCAUGUUCGGGUGGCGGGGAAGCGGCGCCGUUUAAACGAAGCUGCUGACCCGCCUGCUUCUCCUGACUGGGACAUGGACCAAGGAACCUCUGUGCUUGGAACCCCUGCUUGGCCCCCAGUUGAGGCAAACGAGGACCUGACUUUGGAUCAUGUGCUGGAUGAUGACAUUUCCGAAUUUCUUGUGGAUAUUUGUGGUUCUACUCUGGAUGCAGCUGACCCUUCGCUCACGGAGGAUGCUGCUGUCUCCGGUCGACUCGGGACGGGUGAGGCACCAACAUCAGCCCCGGCAGCGCCCCGACCUCUGACUUCUGUCGCGUCCAGCUCCCGUGCUACGCGGUCGGGGCCACGUCACGGGCGAUCGGGUCUUCUGGGGCUGUCCCGCCUGCCGCUGAUGUCCCGGCUUGUCCUGCUCCUACUUCUCGAGUGGCUGUUUCGGCUGCGCCCCGAGAACCAUGACUCGUUGGGGCCCCCGACUCGUAGUGACGCUACCCAUCACUGGGCGACGUACUCGCACUCGACGGCCAUCCUCCAGCCUCCGCCACCAUCACUGUCAGUGGUGGAGCCUACUGACCACCCAGCGGUUCCAGAGCACUGGCUACUACGUUUUGACGGGGCUUGUCGUCGGAACCCUGGUGCUGGUGGCGCUGGUGCGGUGGUAACAGACGCGUCUGGUACUGUGGUUUGGACGUGCUACCACUUCCUGCCUGCCCGCGGUGAAACCAACAACACCGCGGAGUACUCUGCUCUAUUGAUAGGGCUGCAGGGGGCACUGUUCCACGGUACCAAGAGGCUAAAGAUUGAAGGAGACAGCAACUUGGUGCUCGCCCAGGUGCGGGGCUCAUUUACUUGCUCCAACCGGCGGCUCCGGCGGUUGCGAGGUCGGGUUCGCUGCGAGUUGGGCCGCCUGGAUUGGUACCAGCUCAGUCACAUCGACCGGCAAGCUAACGCUCACGCUGACAGACUGGCUAACCGUGCCCUUGACCUCCGCCGUACCGCGUUGGAGUGUGGGCCCCACUCUGAUGACCUCUCCGCUUGUUUCACGCCUGUUUCCUCUCCGCCUUCCAGCCCAUCCCCGGCUGGGCCAGUCACAGAUGGUCCUCCCGAUGCGGAUACUGAUGGCUCUGUGGAUGACGAGGCCAUGGACGUAGAAGCCGAGAUCGCUGCUCGCGAUGGGGGUGAAGUUUUCCCGACUAUUCUCAUUGGUCCGGGUUCUACUCCAGCGCGACAACCUCGGCUCCGUCUCCGUCACUUGAGCGAGGAGGAGCAGGAUAUUGCUGCUGCUGCGGUACAGCACUUUGCGGAUGUCAUGGCGAGCAAGAUUACGGAUGCGGACAGUUGGAUAUCUGGUGAGGGAUACAUCUUGGCCAUCCCAGACCGGCUUCGCGAAGUGCUGCUGCCAUUCUCGGUGUCACCAAUGGGUACUUCAAGCUCGAGAGACAACUGUCCUCGCCAACGCCCACCUCGCGUGACGCGUACGCAGCGCGAACAUCGGUUGGAUGAGGCCCUUGAUGACAUGCAAGCGACGCAACAGGCGGUACCGAGUGACCGUCGCGCGGUCCGGAAGUCUCGCCGCCGCGUGGGUAGAAUACGAGCGUCUAUGGCUCAACUCGAGUUGCGUCGCCGCUUUGCGCAAGACGAAGCCAAGUGUGUUUCCUCUAUCCUCGAUGGUGCCUCUGCCGAAUCUGCGGGUGUCGAGCACCCCGAUACAUGUCCUAUUGGACGGGAGGAGCUUCACCAGCACUUCGUCGGCACGAGUUCCGCUCCUACCGCUUUUGAUUACGAUGCUGACUGCGGACAGGAAUUUCGGGAUGUUCUUAAUGGGUUCCCACGGACGCUUCUGGGUGAUGAUUGCUUUUCCGAGGCUUUUUCGAUGGACGAAGUGGAGGACCAGCUGUUGAGGGUAACUAAAACGUCCAGCCCCGGGCACGAUGGGGUUGGCUAUGAUGUUUACAACCAGUUUGCCCCGCAGUUGGUACCCCUUCUGCAUGCCGCUUACCGAUUCUGCUGGCUACAUCGGAUGGUACCUCGACUCUGGAAGGUGGGCAUGGUCCGCUUGGUUCACAAGAAAGGCGACCCGCUGCAACCUACGAACUGGAGGCCAAUUUGCUUACAGCCCGCUAUAUACAAACUCUACAGCGGGUUGCUGGCCAGGCGGCUGUCUUGCUGGUUGGAACUUAACCACCGGUUGCCCAUGGCGCAAAAGGGGUUUCGAGAGUUUAACGGAUGCCAUGAGCACAAUUUCCUGGCUACUACGAUGCUCGAUCAGACCCGCCGCUCGCGCCGCAAGCUCUACCAAGUCUGGUAUGACCUCCGAAACGCCUUCGGUUCGCUUCCGCAGCCCCUCAUGUGGCAGGUGCUCCGCCGGAUUGGUGUUGAGCCCCGGUUCAUUAACCGAUGCCAAGAUAUCUAUGAGGGGUCUGCUUUCGUGGUUAUGAAUGCGAAGGACGGGGCGACCGACCCGGUGCGACAGGAAGUGGGUGUCUACCAAGGCUGCCCCUUGAGCCCCCUUCUUUUUAUUGCUGCUCUCAUCCCACUGGUCCGCCGUUUGGAACUACUGGAGGAUGUCGGUGUGCCGCUGGCGGAGGGUGUCCGCCCGUGCACCACCGCUUAUGCCGACGACAUCAAGGUUUUCAGUGACAGUGCCGAUGGAAUCCGCCGCUGCCAUGCCGUUGUCCGGAGGUUUCUCCAGUGGACGGGGCUGCGCGCUAACCCUGCCAAGUGUGCGAGCCUUGCGGUGACCAUUAAUGCUCGUGGUAACCCGACACUUGACGACAGUGUUCGGCUGGGGAUUCAUGGCGAUCACCGCCUCCAGCUCGAGCCAAAGCUCCAGCAGAUAAAGCGAGAGGCUGUGGCACUGAUGAAGUCUGGCUUAGCGGUGUGGCAAGUGGUGAAAGCGCUUAAGACUUACGUAUAUCCGAAGGUGGACUACGCGCUUCGCCACUUGCGCCCGCUUCGCUCUCAGCUCGAAGGAUUCGACUGUGCCGUGAAGCGUGGACUGCGACAUAUGCUGCGCCUGCCCCAGUCUUCGACCACUGAGUUCUUCUACGCGCCCACUUCUGGUGGUGGACUGGGCCUGCAGUCUCUAGUGGAGAUGCACCAAUCUCUGCAGGUGGCGCACGCAUGGCAGAUGUUGCACUCCAAGGAUCCAGCUCUAGUGGCGGUGGCGAAGGCUCAGGUCCUACAGGUCGUGCACAAACGAUACCGCCUAUUGAACGACCACUGGACGGGUCGAGACGACGAACUCGUACGUUUGUUUUUGAACUCCGAGCUCGCGUCGUCUCCUCACGCCACCAUCCAUCGCAGAUCGGGGGACAUCGCUUCGGUUUGGGUGGAUGUGCAGCGGGUGCUGUGCAUCCACCGUAUUACCUUUACUGAUCGCGCCGACGAGUCUGGUCAGGACGCGUUUGCGAUUCGCGUGCCGCACCACACCCAAUGGCUUGACCACAAGUCUGUCUUGCGGCACGUGAAGUUGCACAUGAAAAUUCGACACCAGACUCGGUGGCAGAGUCUGGUGGACCAAGGCCGGACGACUCGGGUUCACGGUGGACCCGGGUCUAAGUUUGUGCUAUCGGGAGCGGGCCUGUCUGAUGCUGAACAUCGGUUCGGCAUACAGGCUCGUCUAAACCAAGUGGACACGAACUCGGUUCUGAAGCGACGCCGUAUGCGGCCAAAUGCUCAUUGUCGACAGUCGGCCUGCUCGAGUGCGGAAACACUGGAGCACGUUUUGAAUCACUGUGCAUCCAAUAUGGAUUUAAUCCGCCAGCGUCAUGACACUGCACUCGAGCGAAUUGGUGUGGAGAUCAGGAAAGCGCUUCAACGGACCAAGUCGCAAGCAGAGUUACGACUCAAUCAGACGGUUCCUGAGUACACCGGUGCGGCUCUGCGUCCGGAUAUGGUGCUGAGGGACGUAAAUGCCAAGACCAUGGUGAUCGCUGACUUGGCAGUCACCUUCGAGACCCAUGGUGCUGGAUCUCGCCUUUCCUCGCUGCAGUCCAGCUAUGACUUCAAGAUGCUCAAGUACAAGCCUAUCGCCGAUGAACUCCGGCUGAAGGGGUGGAGAGUGGAGUCCGCUGCGAUUGUCUAUGGAUCUCUAGGCUCGGUGCUCCCGCGUAACCUCAAGACAUACACGGACACGCUCCACCUGCUCAAGCGCGAUGCUAGGACUCUGGAAUUUCGCCUUUCCAGUCAUUGUGUCCGCUCCAGUCGCCGGAUCUGGAGCUGGCACUGCCAACUACACAGGGAUCGACAACGGAGAGGGGCGGCUACAAGAGAGUCGCGCAGGUCCGGGGGGAACCUGCAGGCUCCUCAGCCGCCAGAGGCGCGGUGA